GCACACACUAAGCACUAAAUUUUAUGAGUUUGGUGCAUUCUUAUUGGUCAUGUAAUCAUAAAUAUGGAUGGCCCCCCUGCAUUUACACCAAACUCCACCAAUCAAAAUCCACUAAACCCAUCAAAUUUAGUGCUUAAUGUGUGCCCUUGGGCACACACUAGAAAGACCCUUAUACUAAUUCCAUUCAAAUAUACUCAUUCUAAAAUAAGUAAAUUUAGAAAGAGUUAUCCCGCGGAAAAUGAGGAACUCGAGGACAGUGGUUUUGACCUGAGGUCAAUUGUUUUGACUCGUCGGAGCUUCUUCGCCGGCAACUCUAGGCACCGGAGACUAAUCACUGGUCAGGAAAUUGAAAAUGCUUCAAAAUGUACCUAUUCAGUCGCCAGCUAGGCUUGGCUUGCCCAAUCCGAAUUCACCUGCUCCUCCCAAAUUCUCGUCUUCGCAAAUUGUCCAAUCUCAUCACUCUCAUCAACAAUCGAACACCGCGGGUGCGGUUGUUACAACUACCUCUCCGGCAUUGCUCCCGCUCCUUCCCCCACUCCCUAGAGCUCAGUCUCUUCUUGUACAGAUGGCAUCCCUAGCUUCGAGACUCUUUGAAGUUUCGCCUAGUCGUGCGCAUUGGUUGAGUGCCUUUCGGGGCUCACUGCCUUCUUUUCUCUCGUCGCAGACCCAGACCUUGGCGCCGGUUCCAUUGGACGCGUCCCCUUCUUCGGCUAAAGAAAUUAUUGCCUUGUUUACUACCCUUCAGACCCAGCUCUUUGAAGCGGUUGCCGAACUUCAAGAAAUCCUUGAUCUCCAAGAUGCUAAGCAAAAGAUAAUUCGUGAGAUUCGGGUUAAAGAUUCUGCAGUUCUUGGGUUUGCUAAUAAACUUAGAGAAGCCGAGCAGGUUCUUGAUGAACUUGUUGAUGAUUAUUCUGAUUAUCGUCACCUCAAGCGUGCAAAGCUGGAUGGUGGUGAUGACGAAACUUAUACCACAUCUGUUGCAACUCGGAUAAAGGUCAAUGAUAUUUUAUCAUAUGCACACAGAAUAAGCUAUACAACAUUUGCGCCGCCAGAAUUUGGAGCUGGGCAAGUUCCACUCCGUGGAGCACUCCCGCCUGCUCCACAGGAGGAGCAAAUGCGUGCAUCUCAAUUGUAUGCUUUUGCCGAUCUGGAUGUUGGUAUAUCCAAGACAGUAGAAGAUAACGAGACAAUGAUUGAGCCAUUAAUUCAAUCCCCUGCGACUCAGCCAUCUGAAUCUGCACUUGCUAAUAUGGCCACAAUGCAGGGCAUGAUUCCUCCAAAUUUUGUAAUACCUUCAGGAUGGAAGCCUGGAAUGCCUGUGGAGCUGCCUAUUAUUCCUCCACCUGGAUGGAAGCCUGGAGAUCCAGUUGCACUCCCCCCAUUCGAUUCCAUCUCUGGUCCUUCGCUGGUGGAUGAGCAACCAGCACGGCCGAUUAUUGCUCCAGGUAUAUCUAAGGCACCCGAGCCAAUACAAGUUCGGCACGUUCAGCUCGACAUUGAAGAUGAUAGUGAUUAUACCAGUGACGAGGCAAGUUCUGAUGAUGAUGAAGAUUAAUGAAGCCACAACGAUGGUGGUGAAGUUGCUGGUAACUUUGAAAAAAGGUACUUGUGAUAUGAAUGGUUUUUAUGCUGAACUGUUUUAGUAUUGGAUGAUUAGUUAAGAAUAUAUGAUUGUAGCUUGUAACCAAAGUUCAAAAUUUCUUAUAGAAUUAUCUUUUGUGGUCA